GAGUGUCGUUCAUUAGAUCGGCAAUAGUUGGACGCCACAGUUCGCGAAACGGAAAAAAAGUUGUAGAAAAUGUUGAUAUUAAUUUACUUGGUGAUCGCUGUCGGUUCGCUGGUAGCGUAUUUAUUGUACAACAAUUUUCAAUACUGGAAGCGCCGGGGUGUGCCCCACGAUGCGCCCCACCCUUUCUAUGGCAAUCUUGUGGGCUUCCGCAAAUAUCGGGUGAUGCACGAAAUUUUCUAUGACUACUACAAUAAAUAUCGGAACAGCAGCAGCCCCUUCGUGGGCUUCUACUUUCUGCACAAGCCCACAGCCUUCAUCGUCGACACGAAGCUGGCCAAGAACAUAUUGAUCAAGGACUUCUCGAACUUUUCGGAUCGCGGACAGUUCCACAACGAGCGGGACGAUCCACUGACCCAGCACUUGUUCAACCUGGACGGCAAACGCUGGAAGCAGCUCCGUCAGCGACUGUCGCCCACCUUCACAUCGGGCAAAAUGAAGAUAAUGUUUCCCACUGUGAUCAAGGUAUCCGAAGAGUUUGCGACCGUGAUGGAGGAGCAGGUGCCGAGUAGCCAGGGUGGGGCCAUUGUAGAGAUCAAAGAGAUGAUGGCCAGAUUCACCACCGAUGUGAUCGGCACCUGUGCCUUUGGCAUUGAGUGCAACACAUUGCGCACGCCCGUGUCAGACUUCCGCACCAUGGGACAGAAAUCGUUCACACAGCUCAGGCAUGGCCAGCUGCUCACGCUUUUGAUCUUCAGCUUCCCGAAGCUGGCCCGUAAGCUGAGGAUGCGUAUAAUGCCCCAGGACGUGCAUGAGUUCUUCAUGGGCAUCGUGAACGACACGGUGGCCGUGAGGGAAAAGGAGAACUUCAAGCGCAACGACUUCAUGGACAUGCUGAUCGAGAUUAAGAAAAAGGGCAGCGUCACCCUCGAAAAUGGAGAGGUGAUGAAGGCCAUGGACAUUGGUGAAUUGGCCGCCCAAGUGUUUGUCUUCUAUUUGGCCGGCUUCGAGACCUCCUCCUCGACCAUGAGCUACAGCUUCUACGAGCUGGCCCAAAACCAGGACAUACAGGACAGGCUGCGCAGCGAAGUGCAGACUGUUCUCGCCAAAAACGAUGGCAAGCUGACGUACGAGUGUGUCAAGGAAAUGCGCUUCCUGGAUCAGGUAAUCUCAGAAACCCUGAGAUUGUACACUAUUGUGCCCCACCUGGAACGCAAGGCUCUCAACGACUAUGUGGUGCCCGGUCAUUCCGAGUUGGUGAUUGAAAAGGACACCCAGAUCAUCAUACCCGCCUGCGCCUAUCACCGCGACGAGAACCUCUAUCCCGAUCCCCUCCGCUUCGAUCCGGACCGCUUCUCGGCCGAGCAAGUGGCCGCCCGCGACUCUGUGGAGUGGUUGCCCUUCGGCGAUGGACCCCGCAACUGCAUUGGAAUGCGCUUUGGCCAGAUGCAGGCCCGCAUCGGCAUGGCCCAGCUCCUCAACAGAUUCAAGUUCUCGGUCUGUGACAAGACAGAGAUACCCUUGAAAUAUGAACCAAAAUCGUUCACUUUGGGCUCUAUCGGUGGCAUCUACUUGCGUCUGGAACGGAUCUGAGCUUCUGUAUUGAAAUGCCAUUGAAAUUGUCAGCUGUAUGAUCGAUAGAUAAAUAUAGUCAAUUAAUUGUA